GGCUUAGCCGUGCGAAAGGGCAUCACAAAAUAAAAAUUACGAAAAUACGCGUAAUUUUGUAAUUAGAUAUUAGCUAUUUCUUUAAAAACUAUCUAAUCAAAGUCCCUUAAUGGAAGAAGAUUUCAGUUAUUAUGUGUACAUUUCACUAACUGUGGUUCCAGUGUAUUUGGCCUUCAAAUUGGUCCAGUGGAUGGGAUGGGAACUUUUCGUAAAUAACUGAUCCCGCUGCUUCUAAAGUUCACUGAAAAUAGUGUUAUCAACGCUCAGAAAAGGAUCGGUGUCAUAUAUUAAUUUACUGAUAAGUGAGUAAUAAAAUCAUGUUCG